GUUAUUCUACUGUCGCCACCCGACAAUGAAUAUGAAUUAAUCUGAGAGUUAUUAGUUAUGACUGUCAGCUAAUUUACAUAAAGCCAAGACGCUGCAAUCAGUUUGUUUGGACUGAACAGAGAGUAAAAGCGAGAUGUCAGACAGCGGCAGAUCAGUUGCCCUGCUGUCAUAUGAGACACUUGUGCAUGCGGUGGCAGGCGCAAUGGGCAGUGUGACAGCAAUGACAGUGUUUUUCCCUCUGGACACAGCCAGGAUCAGACUUCAGGUGGAUGAGAACCGGAAGUCCCAGUCCACCCCCAUUAUCCUGGCUGAGAUCGCGAAGGAGGAAGGCAUAUUGUCUCUGUAUCGAGGCUGGUUUCCGGUCAUUUCUAGCCUGUGCUGCUCUAACUUUGUUUACUUCUACACAUUCAACACCCUGAAGAGAGUGAUGGUCUCGGACCGGCCCAAGCCUGCCACAGAUUUGCUCAUGGGCUUCAUAUCAGGCGCUGUUAAUGUGCUCCUGACGACUCCCAUGUGGGUGGUGAACACACGACUGAAGCUUCAGGGGGCAAAGUUCAGGAACGAAGAGCUCCAUCAGACCCACUAUAAGGGCAUAUUUGAUGCCUUCUCCCAGAUAAUAUCCAGCGAGGGAGUGGGAGCGCUGUGGAACGGGACGCUGCCGUCUCUCGUGCUGGUGUUCAACCCCGCUGUGCAGUUCAUGUUCUACGAGGCUAUGAAACGAAGAGCGGGACGUGGAGGCAGGAAGAUAUCAUCCCUUGAGAUCUUUCUCAUCGGUGCCAUCGCCAAAGCUGUUGCAACAUCUGCAACGUAUCCCCUGCAAACGGUGCAGGCCAUUCUGAGGUUUGGCCAGUAUAAAUCAGAUGGUAAAGGGGGUCUAGUGGGCAGCCUGAGGAACGUGGCGUCUUUGCUCAUGGACCGGAUCAAGAGACAUGGGCCGCUGGGCUUGUAUAAAGGCCUGGAGGCGAAGCUGCUGCAGACGGUGCUGACGGCGGCCCUCAUGUUAGUGGUGUACGAGAAGAUCACCGGCGCCACCUUCAAACUCAUGGGCCUUCAGAGGAAACUCGAGCACUGAGACACCGUAGCCUUCAUUCAUGACUACCUCUCUAACACACACCCUCAGGAGGAGCUCCACAUAUCCCAUCAGCCACUGCUCCACGAGCAUGAUUCAGUCCCGCCUUAACACAGGUCAGUUUAAAGCAAGAAAAAAGGC